GGGCAUCCACGUACGAUAAAUACUUCUCCCGGCGCUCUCUUCCCUCCCCAUUGCCACCAUCCCCGUCCUCGUUUCCGGCGAGAUACCAGAAGAGACCCAGAGAUGGGAUCUUUGCCGCCCCAGAUUCUUGGCGUGCCGGGAUCGGCCGGGAAGAUUGACGCCGGUGAGCUCGGCCACCUGUUCCGGGCGCAGCGCAGCAACCUCGAGCAUUUCUUCGACCACCUCGACCUCGCCCAAGCGUCGGACUUCGCCCAAGCCCUCCUGGACGCCCCCGGCGCCGUUUUCUUCUCCGGAGUCGGCAAGUCCGGCAUCGUCGCCCACAAGCUCGCCCAAACCCUUGCUUCCCUCGGCUUUGCCCGCUCUGCUUUCCUAUCCCCCGUAGACGCCCUUCACGGAGACCUGGGUGCCGUGUUUCCCGGAGACCUCCUCGUUCUCCUAUCCAAGUCCGGCUCCUCUCAGGAGCUUCUCGCCCUCGUCCCCUGCGCCCGCGCUAAGGGUGCUCGCCUCCUCUCCCUCACCUCUGCCGCCGAGGGCGCUGGCAACCCACUCGCCACCCUCUGCGACGUCAAUGUCCAUCUCCCCCUCCAGCGAGAGCUCUGCCCCUUUGGUCUCGCCCCCGUCACCUCCGCGGCGAUCCAGAUGAUGUUCGGGGACACCGUCAUCGCCGCCCUUAUGGCAGCCCGGAGGCUCACCAAAGAGAAGUACGCGGCCAACCACCCUGCCGGAAAGAUUGGGAAAAGCCUCAUCUUUAAGGUGAAGGAUGUCAUGAAAAAGAAAAAUGAGCUUCCUUUGUGCAAGGACGGGGACAUGAUUAUGGAUCAGUUAACGGAGUUGACAAGCAAAGGAUGUGGAUGUCUUCUUGUUGUUGAUGAAAUGUUGCAUCUAAUUGGAACCUUUACAGAUGGUGAUCUUCGGCGCACACUCAAAUCCAGUGGUGCUGCCAUCUUCAAUCUCACAGUUGGUGAGAUGUGCAACAGAAAUCCAAGAACAAUCAGCCCAGAUGCUAUGGCAGUGCAGGCGAUGCAGAAGAUGGAAUCACCACCAUCUGCUGUGCAGUUCUUGCCUGUUGUUGAUGACCACAAUCUUGUGAUCGGUAUCAUCACCUUGCAUGGACUGGUAACAGCAGGCUUGUGAUCAUACUUCAGCUUAUGUUUAUAGAUUCUUUCUCGCUUUUCUAGUCUGGGCAUUGUCUUCUAUGUUGAUGUUGUAUCCGAGUUCAUAUCUUGCCAUUGAAUAGUAAGGUGCCUAUGGGCACUCAGUCUAUUUCCUUUUUUUUUCUGUCAAAGAAAGUUUGUUUUCACUUGCAAUGCUGGUGUAAUAUGGAUCUAGCAAGGCAUUUGUAAUAAUACCAUCAGUGAUUUUGUAA